CGUGGUUGUUCAGUAGUGGACUGAACGCAAGCCAAAACGGUCGUGCCGCCACCAAUGCCGCCAACUUACCGAUCACGAGUCAAAUUAAAAAUAAUAUACUAAGAACUGUCCAUUCCCAUCCAUCUAACAAAUGGGAUAAAUUCAAUCGGUGAUUUUCAUGUGGUGAUUAAAAACAAUCUGUGGUGAUAGUCGGUGAUUAAUUUAUCGAAAAAAAAAAUACAAAAAACGAUUUUAAUUUUUUUGUGUGAUAUUAGUUUUUAGGAACUUUUUUUUAUUAUUGUUUUAUUGUAGUGUUUCUUUAUUGAUUUUUUGUUUUUAUUAAUAAGAAGUGCACUAUUUGAAGUUGCAAUGGAGGAGCACGGAGAGAGCAAGGAGCGAGUGCAGAGGGCGCCCUUCGAGACCGCGCUGCAUCAUGCCGGUUAUGGGUGUUUCCAAUGGCUGCUCCUCAUGUCCUGCGGGGCUGUAUACGCGGUGUGCGCUCUCAGCACCACUACCCUCAGCUUCGUGCUGCCAGCUGCGGAGUAUGACUUCCAUCUUUCCUCCAGUGACAAGGGCAGGCUUACCGCCACGCCACUUAUUGGUAUGUGUGUAGGAUCCUACUUCUGGGGCAACUUGGCAGAUGCAAGGGGUCGUAAGAAAGCCAUCAUAGGAGCUCUAUUGCUGGAUGCGCUAGCUGCCUUCCUCUCCAGCGUGGUGCAGUCAUUCCCAGCGUUCUUAGCCUGCAGGUUUUUCUCUGGCUUCGGGAUUAUCGGAGCCACGGGGCUCGUGUUUCCAUACUUCGGGGAUUUCCUGUCUCUCAGGCAUCGGGAUGUCAUGCUGUGCAGGCUUGAAGUGUUCUGGACAUUCGGAACCAUAUUGUUGCCAGGUAUCGCAUUCCUCAUCAUCCCAGACCCUCGGUUCAACCUGACGGCUUUAGGAGCAGACUUCCAGUACACCUCGUGGAGGGUGUUUGUGGCAGCCUGUGGUAUACCCAGCCUGCUGGUGGUGCUGCUUCUCAUUCCCUUCCCCGAGAGCCCCAGAUACCUGUUGUAUGCCAAUAGAGCUGAACAGGCUCUGCAAGUGCUGCAGAGGAUCUUUGUUGUCAACACCAAGCUCAGUGAGAAGGAUUUCCCUGUAGAAUCAAUGAUAAGUGCCUAUGAAGGUGAAGAAGAGGAAGUGGUAUCAGCGGACAAUAAUGGAAAUGAGACCAAAGCACCACUGACCUGGGGCCAGAGGUGGGACGCCUUCUGGGUGAGGAAGAAGAUGUUGGUGACGCCGCCCUAUAUUGGCCUGCUCAUCCUUUGCUGCUUCGUCGAUUUUGGCCUUAUGUUCAGUUACUACACACUGAUGAUGUGGUUCCCGGACCUAUUCGAGAGGUUCAGCCAGUUCUCAUCACUAUACCCUGACGUAUCUGCUGGCGUCUGUGAGGUCUCAUUAGCACUUGCCAACGAUACUGCUGAGUUGACUGGCAAGUUGCAGACGUUAGAUGACAAAGUAUACAUCCACACACUGGUGGUAGCUUUAAGCUGUGUGCCCACUGCGCUGUGGGUGGGUCUCACUAUUAAUAUUGUGGGCAAGAAGCUCAUGUUGGUAAUGAUGUUGAUCAGCUCCGGGCUGGCAGCUUUGGGUCUGAACCUGGUACGAUCUUCACUGGAGAACCUGAUCCUCUCGUGUGUAUUCGAAGCCAUCGUCAGCUGUACAGAAGCUGUGCUGUUCUGUGUCAUCUGUGAGAUAUUUCCUACUAAAGUUGCUGCCACGGCCAUGGCGGUGACGGUGAUGUGUGGGCGGAUAGGUGCCAUAGUGGGCAACGUCAUCUUCGGCGCCCUAGUGGACGAGUACUGCAUAGUGCCUAUAUAUAUGUUCGGAACGUUGCUUAUAACGAGCGGGUUACUGUGCAUCAUCCUACCAAAGAGCACGCGUCCGGAGCGACCGACCACGUGAGGCGUAGUCAUACUGUUAUAUUUUUAUAUCUAUUAAAUAAUUAUAAUC